ACUAGAGAACUUCAAAGACCGGAUCUGAGGUAGCUUAGUUGAAAGAGAAAACAAAUAUUUUGUAACUAGGAGUUGUGCCAUUAGGGUUCAACCAGUGUUUAUAAGUAUCAUUAUCAUUAUAUUUAUACUUUUCUGAAAAUACAAAAAAUAUCGGUUUCAUAUUUAUGAUAUUAUGAAUUUCGAUGUGUUCCUUGUCUCUUGGCGUCAUUUGUGUGCGUUCUUUACGGCGUGAACCCACGCAUAGGCAAAGCGAUCCAUGUCUGGUGUUUUAUUGGGGUUAGUUACUGUUUAACAUCUCCACCCAACUUUCAGUUUGUUUAGUAAAUCGAUCUAAUGAGGCUCCCCCAACACCACCAAUAGUAUUGUCCAUUUUGACAUGUUAAACACUUAAUUUGCUCUCUAUAUCAGCCUAAAUAUAAUAUCUAUUAGGAUAAAGCGUUUUGGUUUUGGUGGAUUAAUGCAAAUCGUUGUUGGACGUGGAGAAGAAAACAUGCCGACAGAGCCCGACAUCAGUCAAGGAGAAAAUGGCGUGAGCUCCAACUGCGCAAUCUGUGGCGAUAAAGCCACAGGUAAACAUUAUGGUGCCUCCAGCUGUGAUGGCUGCAAAGGAUUCUUCCGCCGGAGCAUCCGGAAAAGUCAUGUCUACUCUUGCAGGUUUAACCGUCAGUGUGUUGUUGAUAAAGACAAAAGGAAUCAGUGCCGUUUCUGCAGACUUCACAAAUGCUUUCGAGCUGGAAUGAAGAAAGAAGCUGUGCAAAAUGAACGGGACCGUAUCAGCUCGAGGAGGACCAUGCAAGACUCCCAUGACCUGCCGCCAAUCACGGCCCUGGCUCACGCUGAAGCUCUCUCGCAGCAGCAGAUCAGCCCAAUGGGCCCUGCUGAUGUUUCAGAGAAAAAAUCAGCCACUAUCAGUGACGUCUGUGAAUCUAUGAAGCAACAGCUGCUUGUUCUGGUAGAGUGGGCUAAAUACAUCCCAGCCUUCGGCGAAUUGCCACUUGAUGACCAGGUUAGUUUAUUAAGAGCUCAUGCCGGAGAGCAUCUUCUGCUUGGUGUGGCUAAAAGGUCAAUGCCAUACAAAGAUCUCUUGCUUCUAGGAAAUGGCUGCGUUGUCCAUCGAAACUGCCCAGAGCCAGAAAUCAGUCGCGUAUCUAACCGAGUCUUGGAUGAACUGGUUCUACCCUUCCAGGACAUCCAAAUUGAUGACAAUGAAUACGCAGCUCUAAAGGCAAUUGUGUUCUUCGACCCUGACGCCAAAAGCUUAAGAGAUCCUUCUAAGAUCAAGGCGAUGCGCUAUCAGGUUCAAAUGAGUCUGGAAGACUACAUUAAUGACCGGCAGUAUGACUCGCGUGGGCGAUUCGGGGAGCUUUUGCUGCUUCUUCCUACUCUGCAAAGCAUCACCUGGCAGAUGAUUGAGCAGCUACAGUUUAUCAAGCUUUUCGGUCUCGCCAAGAUAGAUAACCUGCUGCAGGAGAUGCUUCUUGGGGGUCUAACCACGGAGCAACCUCAUUUACAUCACAAUGGUCACCCUCAGAUUCCAAUAAUGGGACAGACCCUAGUCAUUAGCUCCAUCCCAGGACCUGCACACUCACAGCAGAUGGCAUCCCCAGAUACCCCCAUUCCAUCUCCCACUUCAGUACAGGAGGUGUACAAGCCCCCCGGCAGCCCGAAUCUCUUGCUCCUGCCACAGCCCAUGCCAAACAGACCCUCUCCCGAGCAUCCUCUUUGAGCCUCCUCUCUGCUGCGGGCCCUGUGCGUUUGUACAGUGUAUGUGUAAACUGUGUGAAUUAUGCCAUUCCCACAUCCAGCGCAACAUAUUUAUCUGAUCGAAAUAGAAUUUUGCACGAAAAAAAAAAUCACAUUUAUUGUCUAAGUGGUUCACCCCUAACUGAAAAAGGUAUUUCAUCAAAAAUUUAUUUCUCCUUGUAUCAGCCUACAGCUGGUAACCUAUAGUAAAUAUAGACAAAUGUAUAUUAGUUUUUAAUAAAUUAUUGUUAGUUUAAAAGAGGCUUAUCAACAUUUUUUUGUAUUAAUAAAAACUCAAGAUUUAAUUUAUUAAUAAAAAUAUACUAUGCAACUCUAAAGAAAAGUAAAAGUUUGCUUGAAAUGUGCCCUUAAACACAAUAAAUGCUCUUAGUGCCUGA